CGCGUCCGAGGCUCUCGGCGGGAGGACAGACUCAUUGACGGCAGCAUCUCCAGACCUGAGCCGGGAGGAGAGAGAAGGAUGCUCCUGUGACAUCUCUAUUCUCCUUCACCUCUUUGGACGCAUCCAGCAUCUCGGAAGCCUCCAUUAAAAGACCUCCCCAUCCCUCAAAAACAAAAAAGAAAACCACCAUUCAAUGGGACUCUCCAGUGGAUAAAAAGUAGAUUUUUUCAGAGGGGAGGGGGUGACUGUGGACUGCGGAUGUUGUGACGCCUGGUAUGUUUUGUUCUUUUUUUUCGUAUGUAUUUUUUGCUUGGAGGAUUUUUGUGGCCGGACCGGACUCACGGAGGCAGUCCGUAAGCAGAGAGAAGCUUCAUUGGAUGUGACGCUAGUAAUGAGCUAAAGAAUAAACACAGGAGGGAAAAAAUCUUCCAUCUGGUCGGAACAGUGUGGUAUUGGCCAGGCGUCCGGCAUGAGGAGCCUCUGAUGCCAGUUGCAGACUUACGUGACAGGAGAAAGAAGAAGAAGAAGAGCGGGUCACAUGCUAAAGAACUAGCCAAUUCCCUUCACCAAACAGGAAGUCACCCCAGAGGAGGCGGAGUGGUCGGGAGGAGGCCACAUCCAAGCACAAGGUUGCUCAGGUUGGACUCCAUGAUGAUGAUGACGACGAUGAAGCGGCAAGACGUCGGGCUGCUGAGGGUCUUUGUGCUACUGGCGGGACUUUGUGCCCUCUGUAGCCUGGCAUCAGCCAGCCGGAGAUGGGACACGUCCGCCGGCCAUCGCUCACACAGACGUGCAGGUCACAUGUCGCUGCACAGACACAGACCGAGGGCAGGCAAAGAGGGUCAGGUUCUGCACAGGUCCAAACGAGGUUGGGUUUGGAAUCAGUUCUUCGUCAUCGAGGAGUACACGGGGCCCGACCCAGUUCUGGUGGGCAGGCUCCACUCCGACGUCGACUCGGGAGAUGGCAACAUCAAGUACAUCCUGUCCGGCGAGGGAGCGGGGACGACUUUUGUGAUUGACGACAAGACGGGCAACAUCCACGCAACCAAGACGCUAGACCGCGAGCAGCAGGCCCAGUACACGCUCACCGCCCAGGCCGUGGCCAGGGACACCAACAAGCCUCUGGAGCCGCCUUCUGAGUUCAUCGUCAAGGUGCAGGACAUCAACGACAAUCCUCCAGAGUUUCUCCACGGGCCGUACUACGCCAGGGUGCCCGAGAUGUCCAACGUUGGUACUUCUGUGAUCCAGGUGACGGCGACAGACGCUGACGACCCCACGUAUGGUAACAGCGCCCGGCUGGUGUACAGCAUCCUGCAGGGACAGCCAUACUUCUCUGUGGAGCCCCAGACAGGUAUCAUCCGCACAGCACUGCCAAACAUGGACCGCGAGGCUCGCCAGGAGUAUGACGUGGUCAUCCAGGCCAAAGACAUGGGCGGUCACAUGGGCGGGCUCUCGGGGACCACCGAGGUCAAGAUCAGCCUCACCGACGUCAACGACAACCCACCAAAGUUCCCGCAGAGCGUGUACUCCAUGUCUGUGUCCGAGGAUAAAGUGGAGGGGGAGGAGGUGGGCCGCCUCAAGGCCAAAGACCCCGACAUGGGAGACAAUGGGCUGGUCAACUACCGCCUGACGGACGGAGACGGCCUGGGAAUGUUUGACCUGACCACCGACUCGGAGACCAGGGAGGCUGUCAUCAAGCUGAAAAAGCGCGUGGACUUUGAGACAAAGAGGUCGUACACGCUGAAAGUGGAGGGCUUCAACCUUCAUGUGGACCCCCAGUACCUGGCCUGGGGGCCGUACAAGGACGAGGCCACCAUCAAGAUAUCAGUGGAGGACGCAGACGAGCCACCCGUCUUUGUGGCGCCCUCGUACACUUUCGAGGUGGAGGAGAACGCCCCAGAGGGUACUCAGGUGGGACGCGUCCACGCCAAGGACACAGACGUUGCCAACAACCCAGUCAGGUACAUGAUUCCUCGCUACACGGACGUGGAGCAGUUCUUCAGUAUUAACGCAGAGGACGGCAUGAUUACUACCACCAGACCAUUGGACCGGGAGACUCAGGCCUGGCACAACAUAUCAGUGUCAGCCACAGAGAUAGGAGGACACCACCAGGACACUAAAGUACGCGUCAACAUUAAAGUGAAAGACAAAAACGACAACGCUCCAGAGUUUGCUACCAACAAUGAAGUCCUCAUGUGUGAAAAUGUCGUGCCAGGAAAGGUGAUUGAAACCAUCAGUGCAGUGGACAAAGAUGAGAUGGGCCACAGACAACACUUCAUCUUCAGCCUAGCUCCAGACGUGGCCCACAACCACAACUUCUCCCUCAAAGAUAACAGAGACAGCACGGCCAACAUCUAUGUGCUGCGUAAAGGAUUCAGUCGCCUGACGCAGGACGUCUACUUCCUCCCCAUCGAGAUCAACGACAACGGCCUUCCGUCCAUGAGCAGCACCAACACACUGACCAUCCGGGUGUGCUCGUGCGACAGCAAGGACAUCAUCUUGUCCUGCAACGUGGAGCCCUACGUGUUGCCCGCUGGCCUGAGCACGGGCGCGCUCAUCGCCAUCCUCGCCUGCAUCGUCAUCCUGCUGGCCAUCGUGGUGUUGUUUGUGGCGUUGAGGCGUCAGAAGAAGGAGCCGCUGAUCGUGUUCGAGGAGGAGGACAUCCGCGAGAACAUCAUCACGUACGACGAUGAGGGAGGCGGCGAGGAGGACACGGAGGCUUUUGACAUUGCGACGCUGCAGAAUCCCGAUGGCGCCAACGGUUUCCUGCCAAGAAAGGACAUCAAGCCGGAGCUCCAGUUUCCCCUCAGGCCCGGCGUCGGCCGCCCGGCUGCCAACAGCGUAGACGUUGACGACUUCAUCAAGACUCGCAUCGCUGAGGCAGACAGUGACCCGACGGCACCCCCGUACGAUUCCAUCCAGAUCUAUGGCUACGAGGGCCGGGGGUCUCUGGCGGGGUCGCUGAGCUCAUUGGAGUCGGUGACCACGGAGUCUGACUUGGAUUAUGACUAUCUGCAGAGUUGGGGCCCCAGAUUCAAGAAGCUGGCGGAUUUGUACGGGACCAAAGACUGCUGCAUUAAUGACGCUGACGAUGGCGAGGACUCUUAACAACUGGACGCACCCCCUUCCCAGUCUCCCCGGCCCCAAAUUCUGACGUGAUUCUGUGAGGAUACGAGGGCUUAAUCGCCUCAACUCUUCCCAACUGAUCAGUUCACCUUGUCAACUUUCUCCAAUUUUCUCCAAGAUGAUUUGUUAGCGAUUAUGAAUGCAGUCCGCUUACUUUUGCAGUAUAGGGCUGGGUAUACCUGUCACCAGUGUGUCUGAAUAAAAAAUGUUCCUGUAUGAGCAAGAUGAUGCUUAGCGCAGAGUGUUUAGUUUAAAUUAGAGGUUCUGGACACUUUGUGGACUGGAUUCACAAACUUCUUCACCGGUUCCUGAGAGAGCUUUUACUCCCUUUACAGGUUCCCGACCUGCUCUCUUUGAGGGGCCACUAUUGAAGACUAAGUUAGUAAAAGGAGCAAGCAGCUGUCCGGUGGUCCUGAAAGUCCAGACAGUUGAAACAAAAAAAAGGCUUUUUCACAUUUGAAAUGAAGCGGUACAGCGUCGCUGACACGCCGAAGGACUCCGGGUUGUUGAUACUGUGAAGAUGCGGCGAGUGUCUUUACAGUAUGGUGGCCUUAAAAUAAAAAAACAACUCCAGGGGUGACUAACAGACGAACAAUGUAGAGACCGCUAGCUUCAGUAGCUUCCUGCGGACAAAGCAAAGACUGAGGCUCUGUGAAGAUGCCAGUCUAGUACAUUUCCCCCCCCCCCUCGACUCCCACAACGUGACGGACUGGAUUCUACGUAAAAAAACUGGAUUAUUUGUUUUCAAGUCAGAAGAGAGAAGCCGCCCUUUCCUGCUAUCAAUCACUUCCACCGCUGAUGAUCAGUCAUAACGAGUAAAAACCUGUGAGUUCUAAAAAUAGCCUUAAACUCAAUGGACACUCUCGCAACGCAGUGCAUUCUCCUUGUUCUGCCUCCUUUUGUUUCAUUUUUAUUCAAACUCAAAAAGCAAACUAGCCUCCAUGCUUGGUCCGUGCGGAGAAUGUGCAAACGAGUGGUGAAAACGGGAAGUGAUGUUUCAGCGUUCAGUGUCCACGAGGAAAACGUGCAGGGUGUCAUUUCCCGCCGCGAGCUUUGCGGGACAGCAACAUCUGUUGCAUCAACACGUGUUGCAAAAAAUUCCAAAACGCUGAAGCCAGGACGUCAUUUUUAAGUGCAAAAGUUCUUUAAACUCAUUUUUUAAUGAUUAUAUUAUAAUUAUUACCAUUGUUUUUUUAAUCAGUAUUAUCAUUAUUAUGACUGUUGUUAUUUCUUUGGCUACACAGGAACAAGCUUAUGUUGACCUCUGCAUUUUACUGCUAAGAGUUGAACAAGUUCCGCCUGUGAAAAUUCAAUCUCACUUGUUUUGCUUUUGUUUUUUCUUCUGCUGCUUGUUUUCUUUCCCCUCAUUAUUUGGCGUUCCAUCGUUCUUUCUCCCCGGUCAAGAGGAACACGAGCAAUCUGUGUUUGUUUGCCGCGAGAGAGACCUCCUUUUUAUUCUUCUUCUGUCAAGUUUUAUGGUACCGAUUUGUACAAUUUUAAAAGUUCUUAUUUUAGUAUACAUUCCAGAAUAUUCCAGUAUUACAACAAAAACAUGUUUAGAAGAUUUAAAAAGAAAAUGAUUCAGCAUCACACUUAUAUUUUCUGAACAUUGUAUCGUUGCUUUACUAUGUGCUUCAAUCUCUGAAGCAAAAAAAAAAAAAACGAACUUUGAAAUAAACGCUCUUUUUAUAAAA